GAAUGUCAAAUGACUUUUAAUUUUUCCAAUUUUCUAAGCAAAAGAAGUGUGAAUCAGCAAAUAAACGACUCUCUUAAAACGUUUUAAAUAAAUUUAGUGAAACCAUUUGUUGAAAUAUUUAGCUUUAUUAUUAUUUGUCAUAUUCAUCUAAUUUUUUACUAGUGAACCAUGCCAAAAUAUAACAUUAAAGUGAAAUGGGGCAAAGAAUCCUAUCAAGUGGAAGUAAACACAGAUGAGUCUCCAGAGAUUUUCAAGGGGCAAAUUUUUACAUUAACAGGAGUCUUACCAGAGAGACAGAAAGUUAUGCUUAAGGGUGUUACAUUAAAAGAUGAUGACUGGAGCAACUUUAAACUUAGAGAUAAUGCCACAGUACUCUUAAUGGGAAGCAAAGAAGAGGAUGUACCAAAAGAGCCUGUAGAAAAGACUGUUUUUGUUGAGGAUAUGAAUGAAAGUGAAUUAGCAACAGCUCUGGAUCUUCCUGCGGGACUUAAUAAUUUAGGAAACACAUGUUAUAUGAAUGCGACUGUCCAGUGUCUUAAGACUGUACCAGAACUCAGGGAUGCAUUGCAAAAUUUUCAAGAGGGUGUAGCAGUCGCAGGUGGAGUUAUUCCAGCUCAGUCUAUUACAGCUGCGUUGAGGGAUUUGUAUGCUACCAUGGAUAAAGGACACACAGUGCCCCCUAUAGUUUUAUUACAGGUUUUGCAUAUGGCAUUUCCAAGAUUUGCCGAGAAAAAUGAACAUGGUGGCUUUGCACAACAGGAUGCUAACGAAUUCUGGACAGAACUGGUCAGAAUGUUACAACAAAAACUACCCUCAAAAUCAAACGAAGGCAACGAUAGUCAAGAAAAAUUUAAAUCAAUUAUAGACCAAUUCUUUGGAGGUACAUUUGACGUCGAAUUAAAAUGUGAUGAGGCUCCUGAAGAACCCGUCACGAAGAGUAAAGAGCAAUUUCUGCAGCUGAGCUGCUUUAUGUCCACAGACGUUAGGUAUAUGCAUUCUGGAUUAAAAAGUAAAAUGCAAGAACAAAUAACCAAGAAAUCACUGACCUUAGAUAGGGAUGCAGUUUAUACAAAAACCUCAAAAAUUAGCAGGUUGCCGGCCUACCUGACAGUCCAAUUUGUAAGAUUCUUUUAUAAAGAAAAAGGAGCGAUAAACGCAAAAGUUCUAAGAGACGUUAAAUUCCCAAUGGAGUUUGAUGCUUAUGAGUUGUGCUCCCCUGAAUUGCAAGAAAAAUUGACGCCAGCGAGGUUAAAAUUUAAGGAACUAGAAGAUGCCCUGGUUUACGAGAAUACCAAAGAGAAGAAAAAGAAGGAGGAGCCAAAAGAUAAAGUGGAGAAGAAGUAUGCACCUUAUUGGUUUGAAAAUGAUCUGGGCAGCAAUAAUAGCGGUUACUACACUUUACAAGCAGUGCUGACCCACAAGGGGAGAUCUUCGUCUAGCGGUCACUAUGUCGGUUGGAUCAAAAUAGCCAACGGCAAAUGGGUGAAGUGUGAUGAUGACACGGUCACCCCUGUGACGGAGGAGGAGAUUUUAAAACUCUCUGGGGGAGGUGACUGGCAUUGCGCCUAUGUUCUUCUGUACGGACCCCGUCUCCUAGAAAUCAAAGACGUUACGGACCAAACUGAGCCCUUGUCAGAGCCAAUGGCCACCGAAUAAUGUAUUAGUCGCUUUAAAUAUUUUUUUUUUUAAGUGGAACUAAUUAUUGUAUAAAACCGACGAAUAAUAAAACACGCUUUUUAUAGUA